UGGCAGUCAAGUCACAUUUCUCAAUCUAGGGCACCAGAGUUUCCCUUCCCAUCCUCACAAGCCACCCCCAUGGCCAUGAACCCAUAGAGGAUUGUCUACUUCACUCUACUUGUGACAUACACCUCUACAUAGUUUUGUGUGUCUCAUCCUCGUUCUCUAGUGUAUGAUUCACUCACCAAACCAGCCCCUUUUUCUAGUUUUCUUCGCCGAAAGAACAAAACAACUAGAAUAGAAAUAACCUCAUUUUACUCGUCCAAAAUUCUCGUCAGUACCCCCCGUAGUUUUGAAAGAUCUUUCCCUCCCUUCGGUUCCCCUUAUUCGGUUCUGGGGAAAACUAAAUACAAACCCUAAAAUUCUAAAUUUGCUGUUGUCUCUGUUCCCCAUCGUCUGGUAUGCAACGUUUGGAUUCCGAUCAUUUAUAGCAAUUUCAGUAGCCCUUCAUUACCGACCCAACUUAUUGGAUCAAAUCAUGUCGCUUCUAAGGAUUUUUCCCUCUUCUUGACCAUGGUUGGGGCGCAUUUUAGCACCAAAGGCGCAUUUUAAGCCAUUUCUUCUUCACGGAGACUUUCACUCCUGAGGAGUAUAGGAGGGAUUUCUUUGUAGUGGUUAAUCUGAACUAGUUUUCUGGAGCCAUUUCUGUUUGCUUUUGUCUUAGUUCGCCAUGUCGGAGGAUAUGCUCAUUCAUUUCUCCAAUUCUUCGAAUCAGUCAAAUCCAUCUCUCCCGACGAAGCUUGCUAAGCUGGAAGCUAGGAUGGCGGGAAAGGGCUCCUCGACUACACCUGCACAGGCAACAUGGCCAUCAGCUUCUUCGACAAAAUUUGGAGCAACAGAGGACUCGGCCGAGCCGUCAAUUUCAAGCGACUCUGAUGAUGAUAAUGGAGGGGAAUUUCUUAUACAACCGAACAACCAGAAACGGCAAAGGCUUGAUGAGGAUGAUCAGUCAACUGUUUUUGAACACUCUGAGAAUGAUAAACAGGGAGUAUCUGAAGGAAGGAUAAAGGUGGUGGAAACCAUAGAUACAAAAGCUGGUACAGAGGAUAUAAAUAGGAAAAAGCAAGGUCGUGGAAGGGGACGCUCUGUUACAAGCCGAGGACGUGGUUCAAGGGUUAGUGAUCAAACACGAUUACAUGUUUCACCUUCCACAGUUUCACCAUCAAAUGGUCAGCUUGAGAACACAUCAAAUAAGGAAUGUCGGCUAAGGGAGCAUCUUGGGACAGAUGAGGUCGUUUCUUUAGAGGAGGAGGUUGCAUCAUUACGUGCAAGAGUAGCAUCUUUGGAGGAGGACUUACGCAAGUCACGCCAAGAAGCAUUUGAUCAUCAACAGCUGAUCUGCCAAUUAGAAAAGGAAUUGAAGGACAUAAAAGAUCAUGAACAGCAAUUGAAGCCAAAGAGGAUAAAAGUAAUAUCUGAUCUCCUCAUAGCUGUUUCGAAGGCAGAGAGACAAGAAGCAAGGAUGAAAAUACGCCAAGAGUCGUUGAGGCUUGGCAAUGUGGGAGUAAUUAGAGCUGGAACUAUUAUAUCUGAGACGUGGGAGGAUGGGCAAGUGUUGAAAGAUCUUAAUGCUCAUCUUAAACAUUUAUUGGAAACAAAAGAAGCUAUUGAGCGGCAUCGAAAAUCACUAAAAAAACGUCAAUCAGACAAGGGUGAUGGAAGUGAUGCUGAAAUAGGCAUGUCAGAAGAAGAUUAUCUUAUCCAGGAUGAGAUUUGUAAAUCCCGGCUAGCUAGCAUCAAACGCGAAGAAGAAAUUUCUUUACGUGAGAGGGAUCGGUAUGAACUGGAGAAAGGAAGGCUUAUACGUGAAAUGAAACGCAUAAGAGAUGAAGAUGGUUCCCGUUUUAACAAUUUUCAGAUUCUAAAUCACCGAUAUGCCCUCUUAAACCUUCUAGGAAAGGGAGGAUUCAGCGAGGUUUAUAAGGCAUAUGACUUGGUGGAGUAUAGAUAUGUCGCAUGUAAACUUCAUGGUUUGAAUGCGCAAUGGAGUGAAGACAAGAAACAAAGUUACAUAAGGCAUGCAAUUCGGGAGUACAACAUUCAUAAGAACUUGAUACACAAUCACAUCGUGCGGCUUUGGGACAUCUUUGAGAUUGAUCAAAACACAUUCUGCACCGUCCUAGAAUAUUGUAGUGGUAAAGAUCUUGAUGCAGUCCUUAAAGCUACACCUAUACUGCCAGAGAGGGAAGCUAGAAUUAUCAUAGUUCAGAUAUUUCAAGGCCUUGUAUAUUUGAACAAGAGAUCACAGAAGAUAAUCCAUUAUGAUUUGAAACCUGGUAAUGUUCUCUUUGAUGAGGUUGGAGUAGCUAAAGUUACUGAUUUUGGAUUAAGCAAGAUAGUAGAGGAUGACGUUGGAUCUCAGGGCAUGGAACUUACUUCCCAGGGAGCUGGAACAUACUGGUACUUGCCUCCAGAAUGCUUUGAGCUCAGCAAGACACCACUCAUAUCAUCAAAGGUUGAUGUUUGGUCUGCUGGUAUUCUAUUUUACCAAAUGCUCUUUGGCAAACGCCCUUUUGGACAUGAUCAGACCCAAGAACGGAUACUUCGUGAAGACACAAUUAUUAAAGCUCGCAAGGUGGAAUUCCCUUCUAAGCCUGCUGUUUCAAAUGAGGCAAAGGAUUUGAUAAGGCGAUGUUUAACAUAUAACCAAGCCGAGAGGCCUGAUGUUCUAACCAUUGCUCAAGAUCCAUAUCUUUCAUACACAAAGAAAUGAAAAACUGACACGGCUAACAGGUCAAGAGAGCUCAUGUGAACCACUUCUUUGGCCAGUGAUGAUGCGAACUAAUGUGCAAAUUAUCCACAUGAAGUUUUGUAAAUGUUGUAAAGCCUUUUCUUUUUGUUUCUUUUUUUUUCUUCGAGGGAAGUGUAAUUUUAAUUUUUCUGGUAUUUUCCUUCUGGUUUUGUUUUGUUCAUUUGCUUUCUAAGUUGUAGUUUAUUAACCUUUUUUCUUAAUGAAAACAAGUUCCUAGUGAAGGCAGAAGAUACUGUUAUAGAUGUAAUGGCCACACAAUGAUAAGCUGUUCUUUUGCUAUUGGAAACACAAUAGAAGAAUUGCACAAAAGUGGUUUUAGAACUUAGAAGAGAAACAAAUGGGAUAUAAAAUUA